AGAUCAUACCGUAAAUACCGUAAAAUAUCGGUCCAAAAUACUGGCCAAUAAAAAAAUAAAAUAAAAAAAUAAAAUUUAAUUAAAAAAUGUCGCUCACGAUCCCCACGAACCUCUCCAAAUCCAUCACAACCCCCAAAUUCAGCUCUCAAUUUGCCGGAAAACCUAGAACCGCCGCUGCCGUAGUAUGUCAGGCGACCUCCGAGGAGUCCUCUGCCGCGACGUCGUCCCAGCUCAAGGCUUUCUCCACAGCGCUGGCGCUGUCGUCGGUCAUCCUCUCCGCGCCGGUGCUGCCGGCGUCCGCAGACAUCUCGGGGCUGACGCCGUGCAAGGAGUCGAAGCAGUUCGCGAAGCGCGAGAAGCAGGAGAUUAAGAAGCUCGAGUCGUCGCUCAAGCUGUACGCCCCCGACAGCGCCCCCGCCCUCGCCAUCCAGGCCACCAUCGAGAAGACCAAGCGCAGGUUUGAUAACUAUGGCAAACAAGGCCUUUUGUGCGGUUCAGAUGGUCUCCCUCACCUGAUCGUGAGCGGGGACCAGCGGCACUGGGGUGAGUUCAUUACUCCGGGCAUAUUGUUCUUGUACAUUGCCGGAUGGAUUGGGUGGGUUGGCCGGAGCUACUUAAUCGCCAUUAGAGACGAGAAAAAACCAACAAUGAAGGAGAUUAUAAUCGACGUGCCACUUGCCAAUAAGCUCGUCUGGAGAGGUUUCAGCUGGCCUGUUGCUGCCUACAGGGAGUAUUUGAAUGGAGAGCUUAUCGACCCUAAUGUCUGAAAAAAUUGCAGCCUUGCAGAUACGAGGAUUGGGGUAUGGAUGGAAAGAGGGGAUUGUGAAAAUUGUUUGUACCAAAGAAAACUUUCAUCGUGUACGUGAUGCUUUUGUUUGUACCUAAGAAAACUGAGAGUGAAGGGCUUUUAUCAUUGCUUGUUCUUGAUAUCAAUUAAGACUUUUUUUUUGCUUGAUGAAAAUUCAAAAUUGGAAACUAAUAAGCUCGUGGACAACGUAAUGAGAAUGAAAAUACGAGAACCAUAAUUGCAGAAACAACCAUUGAUGAUUAUCUAAUUGCAAAAAGAAAAUUGAGUCAAUUCCAUUCGGACUAGUGCAUAUUGUUGAGUUCCUUUAUUUAUUCGAGCACAUAUGCUUUUAUGUUUAAAUUAUCAACCAAGUUUCAUUAUAAUAAAUCAGUUGUUAAGCAAAUACAAUUUUUCAAAAUUCCAAAUAUUGUUAUUGUCAUGCAUUUUAAGCUAAAAAAAAAGAUUAAAUAAAUCCAGAUUUCAAUCAAUGUCCUCCCUUGAGUCCCAAUCCCUCAACCGGUCUACAGACACCUUCACAAUACUCACGUAUAGAUCGAAUUCGUUGACCCUGUUCCCAAUGUGGCCCGGGUCAAACAAGCCCUCACCAAACUCUCCCCUGCACCCUUCCAACUCUUGUUGAGUAUCCUCAAUCUGUAUUGGUAUAUUCCCAUAAUCACCCGAUCCCAAGUUAGUCUUGGCCAGGUUCAGAUUUCGAGCAGCAUCAUUUUAAUUCUUGGAGCACGAUAAGUAUUUCCCCUUAAGCUCGUCGUUUUUCGAGUCCUCAUGGUACCCGUUUAACUCGUCGUGUAUCUCGUUGGCCCUUGAUAUUGCUAGGUCGAGUAACACGUCGGUUAUGCUAUCGGGAUCCGUGUCUUUAAACUGGCUGAGCUCGGGCUCGAUUAUGUGCCAACACACUUUGGAGUUUGUGAGUAGAGGUCCUUGAGCUCACGGUUUAGAUCGUCCGGUAUGUAUUCUUCUGGCUCGUCUCUUUCACGGUGGUGGUGCUUGUGCUGGUGUUUGUGUUUACGGGCGAGCGAAUGGGAAAUCGAGGCAGAGAGAAUCAGGGCAAUGAGGAUUGUUUGUAGGGGAGAAAAGGCCAUGAUUUUUAUUUUUAUUUUUUGGGUGGUUUUUUGUUUUUUUAUUUUUAUUUUUCUCUGGGUUUGUAGGUUAAGUUUGAGACUUUUUGAGUCAUUGAUUAU